AUGUCAAUCCCCACUGAGAAGUCACUCGCCGUGGCGGCAUCAACCAAUGCUGAAAAGGCACCAUACCAAGUGAAGCUUCCCGUUGCCAACGAUACCCCAGCGGCUGAACAAGCAUUUUCGCCAAGCCGACAACAAUGGUACCAAUGGUUUGCGCCUGAUGACACACCAGAGGAACGUCGGCUUAUCAUCAAGUUAGACUGCUUGAUCAUGGUCUUUGUCUUUCUGGCUUAUUGGGCCAAGGUCUUGGAUUCAUCGGCGACAAGCACUGCUUACGUUAGCGGAAUGAAAGAAGACCUCAGGCUCUAUGGCAAUGAGUUGAACUACCUGAACACAACUUACAUGUAUGUGGUUCUGUACUCGUCUCGGGUCGACCUUGAGUCCUCAUCAACUUUCUCACACGAAUCUCGUGAUCUAUCAGCGCACACCAUCGAUGAAAAUGCUAACGUGUCCCAGUAUAAAGUCACUAAUGUCCAUCAACUAUAUGUCAUCCGCUUCUUUGUUGGAGCUGCAGGCAGCCUUUUCUUCCCAGCCGUGCAGUGGUACCUCGGAUGCUGGUACAAACGCUCCGAGCUCAGCAGAAGAGGUGCUUUGUUCUUCAUAGCCAGCCAGAUAGGAGGCAUGAGCUCCGGGUAUAUCCAAAGCGGAGCACAUGCUACCCUGGACGGGAAGCACGGCAUCGAGGGUUGGCGCUGGCUGUACAUUAUCUUUGCAAUUCUCGGGUUUCUUGCCCUGCCUGGCCAGCCAGACAAUUGCAAAUCGCGCAUCCUAACGGCGCGGGAGAUCGAGCUAGCGCAAGCUCGCAUGGCCAAGGAGCACCGAGAGCCACGGAAGCCGCUGAGCUGGUCGUUGAUUAAGACAGUGCUUUCUGGAUGGCACUUCUGGGUGCUUGUCUCGUUCGCCUUCUUCUUCUCGCAGGCCGACGGUGUGUCGUCAAACAGCGGCCUCCCGCUGUGGCUCAAGAAGGAAGGGUACAGCGUCGAGUCGAUCAACACCAUCACUACUGUUUCUCCAGCCGUUACGAUCGUUGCGUCUAUCAUCUGCGGUAUUCUGUCCGACGCUUACGACGCUAAGGUCUCGUUGAUUGCCGCCACGGCUGGACUGAACAUUUUUGCGAGUAUCGUGCUUGCGAUAUGGAAAGUCCCCGUCGAGCUCAAAUUCUUUGCAUUCUUCCUCUCUGGGUCGGCCGAUGGCAUUGCGGCCGUCAUCUACGCGUGGGCAAACGAGAUCUGUGCUGGGGAUGCCGAAGAGCGUGCCAUAGUUAUCAGUAGCAUGAACACCAUAGGGAACACUUUCGGUGCUUGGCUACCCUUAUUUGUCUGGAAGACAGUUGAUGCGCCAAGGUAUCUCAUCGGCUAUAACUGGACUAUCGCUCUUGACUUAUCCAUGCUUGGGAUGCUGUUUGUACUGCGAGCAUACUGGAAUCGUGAGAAGAAGACGCUUUCUGGUUAG